CUGUUGCGCAGAUUCAGUUUGAACCUGAAGCGGAGUUGAAGUGACCUUCCCGGGGAUUUGAAGGGAGAGUGAACGAGCAAGCCAACGAGAGCGCGCCAGAGGCAUAGCCUGAUAUCCCGGUACAAGCUCUCUCAUUCCCGUACAGUCCACAGACAUGAACAGCAGCUUAGCCGGAGACGAAAUCGGAAAACUCUUUGUGGGUGGCCUUGACUGGAGUACCACACAGGAGACACUACGAAACUACUUCUCUCAAUAUGGCGAGGUAGUAGACUGCGUAAUUAUGAAAGAUAAAAACACCAACCAGUCCAGAGGCUUUGGCUUUGUGAAAUUCAAGGAUCCCAAUUGUGUCCGGACUGUGCUGGAUUCAAAACCCCACUCACUAGAUGGAAGAAAUAUUGACCCAAAGCCGUGCACGCCAAGAGGAAUGCAAACUGAGAAGGUCCGUGCAAAAGAAGGCUGGCAGAAAACCAACAAAACUGAUGGCAGUAAGUCAAAGAAAAUUUUCGUUGGUGGGAUCCCUCACAAUUGUGGAGAGCCUGAACUGAGGGAUUAUUUCAAUAGAUUUGGAGUGGUCACUGAAGUAGUAAUGAUUUACGACGCAGAGAAACAGAGGCCCCGAGGUUUUGGAUUUAUUACUUUCGAGGCCGAACAAUCAGUGGACCAGGCUGUCAACAUGCAUUUUCACGACAUCAUGGGCAAAAAAGUGGAAGUAAAGAGGGCAGAACCUCGUGAUAGCAAACCUCCAAACCUCCAGACAAGUACCAGUCAGUGGGCACCCAGGGGAAUGUUAAGUACAGCCAAUGGCUGGGCAGCUCAACCUCCACCUGGCUGGCAACAGGGAUUUGGCCCUCAAGGAAUGUGGAUUCCCCCAAGUCAGCCAAUGGGUGGAUAUGGCCCUCCCCCACCUCCCCCUCCCCCACCCAUACCCGGGAGGCCAGCACCACCGCCACCACCUUCUCCAUUUAAUACGUUUUUAGUGACCACACCACCACCUCCACCAGGAUACGGGCCACCUCCGGGAUUUCCUCCGCCUGGCUAUGGGACGCCCACUCAGUAUGGUUUUGGUUUUGGAGCCCCUCCCCCUCCACCUGACCAAUUCCCUCCACCAGGUGUACCACCACCUCCCACCACACCAGGUGCAACACCCAUGAGUUUUGUUCCCCCUCCGACGCCGACUCAGGACAUAAGCAAAUCCCAGACCGGACAACCAGAGUUUUCCUACAACCAGUAUGGUUACGGACAGGAGAUGACUGGAUUUAGUCAGAGCUUCCCAGACCCUAGUCAGCAAGUCCAAUCUCCCUACACAACGCCGCCCACUCAGUCAUCAGGGGGACCACAACAAGGAAGCACCAGCUUCGGCCGCGGGCAGAACCACAACGUGCAGGGAUUCCAUCCCUACCGGCGCUGAUGGAGCCAGCAGCACUGGGGAUGUCAGGGAAUACGUUUUCUGUUCACAACUGCAUUUCUGGUCUCUGAGGGCCGGGGAUUCUCAAGUUGAGGACUUUAUUUUUAUUUUUUAUUUUUUUUGUGACAAUCACAUACUUGAUGGAAAUUGGAGUUAGGGGAGGGAAAUCUUAUUUCGUGGAGUAGAGAUGGGUUUGUUUUGCAACUUUUUUCUCUCCUCUUUACUAUAAUUUUAAAGAUUUGCUGUUUUUGGGGAUGACUGAAACUCCUACAAGUGACACUCUUCAUUAUUCAGCACAACUAGAAGCAGCAGUGAGGAACGUCAUUAAUAAAAUGGCCUUUCCGAGGUUUCUUAGACUCCCAGCCUAAACUCCUCCACACAGCACCGUUUUAUUAUUUUUCCCCCUUUUGUGGUUUAUUUCCUGAGCCUUUUACCACAGUCUAAAACAAGUUAAAGAUUAAAAAAAAUAUAUAUAUACACACACACACACCUUUAAAGAAGCGCAGUUUUAUAAAAAAAAGAUUUUUGUACGAUGAAGUUGUACGCUUUGCUUGUUUUUAAUUUAAAGUUGUAGAUUUCCUCAGGUGGCUGUUUUAGUGUAAAUUGUGUGAAAUCCAGACAUAGCAAAAUCCCUGUUUCAAUAAAAAAAGUUUGCUUUAA